AUGUUUAGUGGCAAUAAUCCACACAAAGACGUGGAGGUGUCGUCUCCACCAGAUGAUACAGUUUCAGCGCUGGAAUUUUCUCCACCCUCGGUGCCACAAACCUUUCUCGCAGCGGGUAGUUGGGAUUGUCAGGUACGAUGUUGGGAAGUGGAAGCAAGCGGUAAAACUGUGCCAAAGGCCGCCCAGAACAUGACGGGUCCUAUUUUGGAUGUAGCUUGGCAUGAUGAUGGCUCCAAGAUAUUUAUGGCAUCUACAGAUAAGAGUGUAAAAUGUUGGGAUCUGGCAUCAAACACUGCUGUACAGGUUGCAGCUCACGAUGGUCCAGUGCAAACCUGUCACUGGGUGAAAGCUCCCAACUACACCUGCCUCAUGACAGCCUCUUGGGAUAAGACCUUGAAGUUUUGGGACACACGCAGUGCUGUACCCAUAAUGGCAAUUCACCUUUCUGAGAGAUGCUACUGUGCUGAUGUGGACUACCCCAUGGCAGCAGUAGGACUGGCAGACAGGGGGGUCUGUCUGUAUUCCCUAGAAGGCAAACCCGCAGAGGUGAAACGCGUAGAAUCGCCACUCAAGUAUCAGCACCGUUGCAUUGCAAUCUUUAAAGAUAAAAAGACAAAACAGCCCACUGGCUUUGCACUAGGUUCUGUGGAAGGCCGUGUUGCAAUCCAAUAUGUCAACCCUACAAACCCAAAAGACAAUUUCACAUUUAAAUGCCAUCGCUCCGCAGGCACUACAGGUGGUUACCAGGACAUUUAUGCAGUCAACGACAUCGCUUUCCACCCUGUUCAUGGCACAUUAGCAACAGUUGGAUCAGAUGGGUCCUUCUCCUUUUGGGACAAAGAUGCACGUACUAAACUAAAGUCGUUUGAAUCACUAGAGCAAUCACUAACUAACUGUGCCUUUAACCACAGCGGCCAGAUUUUCGCCUACGCUAUGGGAUAUGACUGGUCCAAGGGUCAUGAACACUACAACCCAGCUAAGAAGAAUUUUAUCUACCUACGACCAUGCUUUGAGGAUUUGAAGCCGCGUUCAACGUGA